CUUCGGUAGAGGCGGGGGCGGCGCAGGGCUGCGUGGCCCUGAGGAAACUGCCGGCGGUGGGUGGGGCCCCACGGGGACUCCCACCGCGUUUGGGAGCCACGGGUCCGAAAAGCAGGGGUCAGCUUCCCCUCUCCGCCCCGCACUUAGCGCUAGAAGUUUCCAGCAGGUCGAAGGAGGGCCGUCGGAUGUCACUAGCGCUAGGCCUGGACGAAGGGGAGCUCGGAGUUGGACGGGAGGAAUGUGGGAAGGGGAGAGAACGGCGAAUGGUGAGGAGUGAUUGAGGGCCACUAACGACGAGCCGGUCUCGCGAUGGAGCUGUGGAUGUGCUAGAAAUAAAGCAGGAGGCAGAACAGGGUAGAACUUAGACUGAAAAAGAGGAUAACAUUCUGUUGCCGAUUAAAACACCUGUUCUCCAGUCGAGGAGCUCUACUGAUGAAGGAGGCUGGUUAGCUUUGCUCUGUUUAGGGUCCAUAGGCCCCUAGGCACAGCGUAUGGACUAGAAAAUUUAUAUAGUUAGCUACAAAGAGGACCAAGUCAGUGCAGAUGGCUUAACUAACACAAGUCUGUUUCCCCAAGGGAGUGUGGAUAGGGGGACAGCAAACAAAAACUCAGACUGCAAGAGCGUAAACACUGUUGCCAAGGGUGAUCACUUGUUCACUUAGCAGCUGUAUUGAGUGCCUCCUCUGUGCUGCUCUCUGCUGAUACUGUGCUCUCACUCUCAAGGGAUUUAUAGUCUGAGAUAGGUGUGGGCACAAGCACUUCCUCCCUGUGGAAUCUGAUGGGCAAUGCCAUGGUGAUGACCCAGUAUAUCCGCCUUACCCCAGAUAUGCAGAGUAAACAGGGUGCCCUGUGGAACCGGGUGCCGUGUUUCCUGAGAGACUGGGAGUUGCAGGUGCACUUCAAGAUCCAUGGACAAGGGAAGAAGAAUCUGCAUGGGGAUGGCUUGGCAAUCUGGUACACAAAAGAUCGGAUGCAGCCAGGGCCUGUGUUUGGAAACAUGGACAAAUUUGUGGGGCUGGGAGUAUUUGUAGACACCUAUCCCAAUGAGGAGAAGCAGCAAGAGGCCCAGAAGAGGCGGUAUUCUCCAGGAGUCCAGCGGGUGUUCCCCUACAUCUCAGCCAUGGUGAACAAUGGCUCCCUCAGCUAUGAUCAUGAGCGGGAUGGACGGCCCACAGAGCUGGGGGGCUGUACAGCCAUUGUCCGCAAUCUCCAUUAUGACACCUUCCUUGUGAUUCGCUAUGUCAAGAGGCAUUUGACGAUAAUGAUGGACAUCGAUGGCAAGCAUGAGUGGAGGGAUUGCAUUGAGGUGCCUGGGGUUCGUCUGCCCCGGGGCUACUACUUUGGCACCUCCUCCAUCACUGGGGAUCUCUCAGAUAAUCAUGAUGUCAUUUCCCUGAAGUUGUUUGAGCUGACAGUAGAGAGAACCCCAGAAGAGGAGAGGCUGCAUCGAGAUGUGUUUUUGCCCUCAGUGGACAACAUGAAGCUGCCUGAGAUGACAGCCCCACUGCCGCCCCUAAGUGGCCUCGCCCUCUUCCUCAUCGUCUUUUUCUCUCUGGUGUUUUCCGUAUUUGCCAUUGUCAUUGGUAUCAUACUCUACAACAAAUGGCAGGAACAGAGCCGAAAGCGUUUCUACUGAUCCCUCCUACUACCACCUCCUCUGUGGCAGUCCCCCAUGAGGUGUGGGAGGAGCAGGUGCUGGCCUGAACACAUAGCCCAGCGGGUCUUCUCCAGUCUCCAACAGCUGGUCAGGGACUCUGUUCUGUCACUGGAGCUUUGAAUGCAGGGACACUGCUUCCCAUGGUCAAGCAUGGGGACAUCUAACUCUGGUUCAGGAAGCCCACCCACCCCAGGGCAAUGCUGCUGUGAUGUGCCUUUCCCUGCAGUCCUUCCACUUGGGAGCUAAGAGGGAUGGAGAGAAUAUAUGCUGUUAUGAUGUCAGAAUCACAGAAGAAUAUUUCAUAGCCCAGGCUGCCUUGUUGUUGGACUCAGAGGACCCUUGUACUUCAUUUUUAAAUCUGCGAAGAAUAGAAAACUGAUAAGUCCUCCUACCUUCUGGCCGUCCAUUUCACUGGUUUUUGCUUUUUGUCUAAGCCUCUGUUCACAUGAGGAGCUUUCCUUGGAAAUCUGGAUGGAAACUUUUUCCCUACCUUGCCUUCCUCUCCUUCCAUUCAUUGUCCUCUCUAAAUGCAACCUGAGCUGGAAAAGACAUUCGGAUGCCUCUCUGUUGGGGCCUGGGGCUGCAGAACAAACUUAGGUUUCACUAACCCUCAUUAGGUGGCCAUAGGGAGAGGGUUUCUGCUUUGGGUCGCUGCUCUAGCCUUGGUUCUUCAGCAUGGAUCUUGGUUUUAUUGGUGUGUUCAUGACCUUCCCAGUUAGGUCUCUUUAGUCCUCGGUCAAGUUUGCUUGAAAGUUGGUGUGCAAGUCAAGAGAAGCUUGGAAGACUUCAUGGAUGCAAUGGGAUUAACUGUGAGACUGACCAACUCCACAUUUUGACCUUGAAAGCAACAUUUGCCAUGUGAUCUGUCCACGGGGAGAUGUUUCUGGACUCUCUGGAGCCUGCUUAGCUGCAUGUUUUGUGUUUAUCAUGAUUUUUGGAAUUCCACUUUGAAUGUUCAAAAUGUAAAGAAGCUUUCUUCUCAUAGCCUCAGCUUGGAUACUCCCCAAAGAAGAAAUUUGGCUUCUUCUUCUUAAUGGAUAACAAACAGUUGCUGUUCUCGUGUUCCAAAUCUGGGAGCAAUAGACCCUUGUCUUCUGUGCCUGGAAGAGUUCGUUGUCAUUGAGCGACAGAGCCUGAGUGUCAUCCUCUGUGGGUCAACACUUAUUCCACUGCCUUAUCUGACAAGGGGCCAUGUGCUGCUCACCUGUCUGGCCAGUGAUUAAAUUGGCUGACAGGCCAGAGCCUCCUUGGAGGGCCUGGAACUCGGAGCUUUCCUAGCCCUGUACUUCUGUAUUCUUAAAGUGGUGGAAACCAAACAUGAA